AGUAGCUCUCUACUAGCGUAGAACCAAGGAGGGUAAGUGUGAGGAACUCGCGAGGGCAAAACCUAACGACAGCCGUAGAGUAUCUUACAAAAUGUCAUCAACUGUGUCAUCAGAUCUCGCUACGUUACUUGAGAUGGGUUUUCCAAAAAAUAGAGCGGAGAAAGCUUUGGCAGUGACUGGCUACAAGGGUGUGCAGCUUGCAAUGGACUGGAUUAUGGCACAUGAAGAUGACCCAGAUGUUGAUAUACCAUUGGAGAUUCCAAAUCAAGAGGGUCAUGUUAUAGGAGAGAACACUGCCAAUGACAGUGUUAUAGAUGCUGAGGCAGGUGCUGCAAGCGGGGACAGCACACAAUCUCAGCAACAAGCUAAAUCUUUAAAAUGUGAUGAAUGUGGGAAAAUGCUAAAGAAUGAGGCAGAGGUUCAGGCUCAUGCUGCACGCACCCAGCAUGAGAUGUUUUCUGAGACCACAGAUGAGAUCAAGCCUUUAACAGAAGAGGAAAAAACACAGCAGAAGGAAAAAUUGAUAGAAAAAUUAAAACAGAGAAGAGUUGAAAGAGAAGAAAAAGAAAAACAAGAUGAAAUUCAAAGAGAAAAAUUAAGGCGUUCACAGGGCCGUGACCUUACUUCAGUCAAACAGAGGAUGGAAGAAGUUGAGCUGCGUAAAAUUGCAGAGGAACGAAAAAGGGAGAAGAUGGAAGAGAAGAUGGCCAGACAGAGGGUGAAGGACCAGAUUGAAAAAGACAGAGUGGAAAGAGCAGCCAAGUUUGGAAAGGGAGGGCCACAGACCACAGCAGUACCUGCCCAGACUGCUUCCCCGGCUGCUGCUGCUGCCUCUCCUGCUGCACUGGCUGCUGAGAAAAAAGAAUAUGAUCAGACCCGGCUGCAGAUUCGACUUCCUAAUGGCCAGUCAUUGACACAAACUUUCAAUGUGAAAGAGUCCUUGGCAGCAGUGCGACUGUAUGUGGAAAUCAAUCGUUCUGAUGGGACAGGUCCUUUCUCACUUAUGACUACUUUUCCACGUAAAAUAUUCACCAGUGAAGAUAUGGAAAAGCCAUUAAACCAGCUAGGACUUGUACCGUCAGCAGUGAUCACAGUUACUAAGUCUCAGUGAUGCUUAUCUGUUUAUAUGAGAAUGUGAUGAGUUUAUAUAUGGUUUACUUAUGGACUAAUCAUAGCAUAUAAAUUUUAGUGAUCUCUUCAUACAUUAAAUUUGACAGUUUACCUUCAUUACUGAAGAAAGAAAAUCUGUGGGCAAACUACGCAAAUAAAGUCUUUGUUCAGUGUCAGUAACCUUUGUUUUACUAUUUCAGAUUUUAAGAGUGAAGGACAAAUUUCACUUGGGUUACAAACACUCAUGAGCUUAGGUCUUUACAAUAAAGAAUAAUUUACCACCCAUUUUGAUGUGGAAAGCAGUGUUUCAUUAGGGCAACUAAAGAUGACUCUCGACAGUGGGUAUUUUUCGUAAAUAUCAAAAUGUGUGCUCCAAGAAGCACAUAGAGACAUUUUAAUAAUUUUAAGAAGGAAGCAGUUUUAACAAUGACUGUGUAUAGAGAACAUGCUGAAAGGACAAGAGCACUGAAGCAGGUUAGUGUUUCAUAUCUUAAGUUCAUCCUGCUCCAUAAAGUAAUGCAUAAAAUAUUAGUAAAGUCUGGCCAAUCAUAUAUACUUACGUAAACAUGUUGCAAAUAUCCGAUACUGUUUCAAGAAAGCAUACUGCAUGUAAAUUAAAUAAUAGUUUGAUUGUUGAAACAUUUUUGUUCCCAGUCAUUGAAAGAAGACAACAUUUCUAUCAUGAUAGAGCUUGGGUUGUUCUUGUUAUACUGAUUGACGAGUGUUUGUUCUUCAUACGCCUGUUACAGUGUUUUCAUUAAUUGCUGGGACAUUUUGUGUGUGAGUGUGUUCAUUAUGUACAUAAUUAUGUGUGCAAGCAUGCAUGUACAAGAUAGUCUGGUCCUCCAAAAGGAUACAUUGACUGCUUUCCCUGUUAAAAUGUGAUUUAAUAAAAAAAAUUGAGGCCGAAAACUGAAUGAAUGUAUUUUUUGGUUUGAUGUUUUUUUUAAAAAGUGAUGCUCAUGUGGUCCUGAUAAUAGACACUGAAAAGGUGAGCAAUGUGACACUUUUUUCAAUAUGUUGCCAUGAAUAAGAAUUUGCUGUUUUUAUUAUUGCUAUUUGUUUGUACCACUGUCUUUGCUAAACCAGUCACAGGUGUUUAAGUUCUUUAAGGAAGCUUAUGUAGGAUUGGAAAAAGACGAUAUGCUAAUAUUUUAUCAUGACAUGCAUAA